AUGUUUAAAAAUGAAAAAACCGGAAAAGUUGACCAGUUUCAGAGCUCUGAUAUUGUGGAUGCCCAAUGGAUAGCCCGAGCCAAUGGUCUUGGUCUCCGAGUUCACCUUAAAAAUGAUUCACUUCAUAGAUAUGAUGGAUUUGGGGAAAUUGAUGCAGAAAAAGUUGCUUCGUUUUUCAAGAGCUAUUAUGAACUAGACAUUGUUAAAAAAGACAUCUGCUACAAGGGAUAUAACUGGGGGGAUGUGGGCGACGUCCUCGAGUUGAAAGUUAAAAAUUCAUUAUGCUUCGAAAUACCGCUAAACAAUGUCUCCAACGUUACGAGUAGCAAGAACGAAGUUGUAUUUGAAUUUCAUCAGAAUGAUGAGGCUGAAGUCUGUCUUUCUGAAAUGCGUCUAUAUACCCCCGGCACUGAGACUGAGCGAGAGGGCAAGGCGUCAGAAAUCUAUGACAGAGUCAUGGAAAAAGCGGAUAUCAUCCAGGUUACCGGCGACUCAGUUGUUGAAUUCAAAGAGCUGCAAUGUUUGCAACCUCGAGGAAGAUAUGAUAUCAAACUCUACACAACAUUUAUUCAUCUCCACGGAAAAUCGUUUGACUACAAGGUCCCUAAGGAUACCAUCACUCGCUUAUUAAUGCUACCACAUCCAGACAACAGGCAAAUGUUUUUUGUAGUCCAGUUGGAUCCGCCCAUUAAGCAUGGUCAAACGCGCUAUCACUUUAUCAUUAUGGUGUUCGAUAAAGAUUCACAUGCUGAUGUCGAGCUGGCAGUUACGGAGGAAUGGAUAACAGAGAACUACGGAGACAAAUUAAGCAAGAAAAUGUCGGACCCAGAGUAUGAAGUUGUUGCUCUUCUAUUCAAAAUUUUGUUUGGACAAAAAAUCACAGUUCCUGGCUCUUUUAGGUCAAAAGCUGGUUCGAGUGCUGUGGCAUGCAGUUACAAGGCAUGCAUUGGAUUGCUUUAUCCUCUUGAGCGUGGCUUUAUUUUUGUUCCGCGACCGCCUGUUGCAGCUCGAUUUGAUGAGGUUAUUAGUGUGCAAUUUAGUCGAGGUACUGGUGCUCAACGCUCUUUUGACUUCGAGGUAGAAACGCGUAAUGGUCUUACGCAAACCUUCACUUCAAUUGAGCGAGACGAGUACCACCAUCUGUAUGAUUUUGUUGUAGCUAAGAAAUUGCGGGUCAAAAAUGUAAACGCAGGUGGCGUGGACGCCACAGUAACUGACACUUGGUCGGACGAAGAUUCAGAUGCCUCGCAUGAUGCAUAUAUGGAAAAAGUAAGUAUUUUCCUUGAUGCGUUGCCAGUUUUGUCCCAAGUUUAUGUAUGA